CUUCAGUCCUCAUGAUGAGCGAUGAAGAAGGCUCUCCUAAGACGCCGUCCGUCUCACUGUAAACGAGGAGGUAUGCUCGCUCCGCGCUAAGCCCACAGAAUGCAGAAGGGCAUGAGGCUCAAUGACGGCCACAUCACCUACCUGGCGCUUUUAGCAAAGAAGGACGGGACCAGGAGAGGCUUCUUGAGCAAGAAGAGCUCCGACAACACAAAAUGGCAUUCAAAGUGGUUCGCUUUGUUGCAGAACAUGCUUUUUUAUUUCGAAAAUGACUCGAGUUCACGACCCUCCGGACUGUACCUGUUGGAAGGAUGUGUGUGUGACAGGGCACCGUCUCCCAAACCUUCUCUGUCAGCAAAGGAAUGCCUCGAAAAACAGUACUACUUCAUUAUCAGUUUUAACCAUGACAACCAGAAGGCUUUGGAGCUACGCACAGAAGAUGUCAAGGACUGCGAUGAAUGGGUGGCUGCAAUCACACAGGCCAGUUACAGAAACCUGGCUACUGAGCAUGAGACCCUCAUGCAGAAGUAUCUCCAUCUACUCCAAAUAGUGGAGACAGAGAAAACAGUUGCCAAGCAACUUCGACAACAGAUAGAGGAUGGAGAAAUCGAGAUAGAGCGGCUAAAAUCGGAGAUUGCUGGUCUACUCAAAGAUAAUGAGAAGAUUCAGUCUAACCCAGAGGUACCGCCCAGUGAUGACGAUACAGAGAUCAAGAAAAUCAAAAAGGUGCAGAGCUUCCUGCGUGGCUGGAUUUGUCGGAGGAAGUGGAAAACUAUUAUCCAGGACUACAUCCGAUCGCCUCAUGCUGAAAGCAUGAGAAAGAGAAACCAAGUUGUGUUUAGCAUGCUGGAGGCAGAGGCAGAAUAUGUCCAACAACUUCACAUCCUCGUCAACAACUUCCUCCGACCUCUCAGAAUGGCCGCUAGCUCUAAGAAACCUCCAAUCACACAUGAUGACGUCAGCAGCAUCUUCCUCAAUAGUGAGACCAUCAUGUUUCUACACCAAAUCUUCUAUCAAGGCCUAAAGGCCAGAAUAGCCAGCUGGCCCACGCUGGUGCUGGCUGACCUGUUUGACAUUUUGCUGCCAAUGUUAAACAUCUACCAGGAAUUUGUAAGAAACCACCAAUACAGCUUGCAAAUCCUGGCACACUGCAAACAAAACAGAGACUUUGACAAGCUUCUAAAGCAGUAUGAGACCAAACCAGACUGUGAGGAGAGGACCCUGGAAACCUUCCUCACAUACCCCAUGUUUCAGAUUCCUCGGUACAUCCUUACCCUCCAUGAACUGCUGGCCCACACACCACAUGAGCAUGUGGAGAGAAACAGUUUGGAUUAUGCCAAAUCCAAACUCGAGGAACUUUCCAGAAUUAUGCACGAUGAGGUGAGUGAAACUGAGAACAUUAGGAAGAACCUGGCUAUUGAGCGGAUGAUUAUUGAAGGUUGUGAGGUGCUGCUGGACACCAGCCAAACAUUUGUCAGACAAGGCUCCUUGAUACAAGUGCCAAUGAGCGAGAAAGGAAAGAUCACGAGAGGUCGCCUGGGUUCACUGUCCCUUAAAAAAGAAGGUGAAAGACAAUGUUUUCUCUUCUCAAAACAUCUCAUUAUUUGCACAAGAGGCUCAGGAGGAAAACUUCAUAUCACAAAGAAUGGAGUGGUCUCUCUGAUAGACUGCACAUUGUUGGAGGAGCCAGAAGGGACAGAUGACGAGUCAAAAGCAGAGCCAAAGGACACAGAGCAUCUAGAUUUCAAAGUCAUGGUUGAGCCAAAAGAUGGGCAAACGUACACAGUCAUUCUGGUGGCUUCAUCCAGACAAGAAAAGGCAGCGUGGACCAGUGAUAUCAGCCAGUGUAUAGACAACAUCCGGUGCAAUGGGCUGAUGAUGAACGCCUUUGAGGAAAACAGUAAAGUCACUGUCCCACAGAUGAUUAAGUCCGACACGAGCUUGUACUGUGAUGAUGUGGACAUUCGCUUCAGUAAGAUGAUGAACUCGUGUAAGGUGCUGCAGAUCCGCUAUGCCAGUGUGGAGCGUUUGUUGGAGCGGCUCACAGACCUGCGUUUCCUCUCCAUUGACUUCCUCAACACUUUCCUGCACUCUUACCGCGUGUUCACCAGCGCAGAUGUGGUGCUAGACAAGCUGAUCACCAUCUACAAAAAGCCCAUUAGUGCCAUACCAGCACGUUCCUUGGAGCUGUUUUUUGCAAGUAGCCAGAACAACAAACUCCUGUACGGCGAGCCACCCACGUCGCCUCGUGCCAGCCGCAAGUUCUCCUCUCCGCCUCCUCUCUCCAUCACCAAGACGUCAUCACCCAACCGCCGGCGCAAGCUUUCUCUCAACAUCCCCAUCAUCACAGGGGGCAAAGCCCUCGACCUGGCCGCACUCAGCUGUUCCCCCAACGGCUAUGCAAUGCACUCCACUAUGUCCCCCUUUAGCAAAACAUCCCUCGACAUCAACAAGCUCUAUGUGUCCAGCACCAUGGCCAGCAAAAUCCCAGAUGAGGGGGAGCCUAAGUCUGAAGGCAAAGCUGAGGAGUCUGUCCUCAACAAGCAAGAUCUAUCAGUGAGGGAGGAGUGUGAUGAAGACCCGGGUCAGUGUGAAGAGGCUGAAGCAGAAAUGUCUCCUCCAAAGUCGCCAUCAACCCCCAAGAAUGUCAAGUCCAAAAACUCUGAGUUUUCCCUGUUUUCUUUCAACAACGGUAUGGUAGUAUCAUCGUGUCGUGAGCUGGACAACAACCGCAGUGCCCUUUCAGCAGCCUCAGCCUUUGCCAUCGCUACAGCAGGUGCCAACGAGGGCACACCAACCAAGGAAAAGUACAGACGCAUGUCCUUGGCUAGCACAGGUUUUCCUACUGACCAAAGGAAUGGAGACAAAGAGUUUGUGAUCAGAAGAGCUGCGACUAACCGAGUCUUGAAUGUACUGCGUCAUUGGGUCUCCAAGCAUUCACAAGACUUUGAGUUGAACACAGAGCUGAAGAUGCGGGUAAUUGGCUUCCUGGAGGAGGUGAUGCACGAUCCAGAGCUCCUGACACAGGAGAGAAAGGCUGCUGCUAACAUCAUUAGGACUCUGACCCAGGAGGACCCAGGAGACAGCCAGGUCAGCCUGGAGGAGAUAAUACAGACGGCCAUGGAAGACAGUAAAACGGAGCCGUUUGAAAACCACUCAGCUUUGGAGAUAGCAGAACAACUCACUCUUCUGGACCACCUGGUUUUUAAAGCAAUCCCAUAUCAGGAGUUCUUUGGUCAGGGCUGGAUGAAGGCUGACAAAAAUGAAAGAACACCGUACAUCAUGAAGACAACAAAACAUUUUAAUGAUAUUAGUAAUAGGAUCGCCACAGAGAUCUUGCACUGGGAUGAUGUGAACAUGAGGGUGGCUGUGAUCGAGAAGUGGGUGGCAGUAGCUGAUAUCUGCCGCUGUCUCCACAACUACAACGCUGUUUUAGAGAUCACAUCUUCUCUCAAUCGCAGCUCCAUCUUCCGCCUCAAAAAGACCUGGCUCAAAGUCUCCAAGCAGACAAAGACUGUCAUUGACAAGUUACAGAAGCUGGUGUCAUCUGAGGGACGAUUCAAAAAUCUCCGAGAAGCUCUAAAAAACUGUGACCCUCCCUGUGUCCCUUAUCUGGGAAUGUAUCUGACCGACCUGGCUUUUAUUGAGGAGGGAACACCCAACUACACAGAGGACAACCUGGUCAACUUCUCAAAGAUGAGAAUGAUUUCACACAUAAUCAGAGAAAUACGUCAGUUUCAACAAACUGCUUAUAAAAUUGAUCAUCAGCCAAAGGUUGCAAAGUACCUGCUGGACAGCAGUACAGUGCUGGAUGAGGAAAGUCUGUAUGAAGCAUCUUUGAAAAUAGAGCCCAAAACUGCAUCAUGAAGAUGAAUGCUGUGUCUACCUUCAACUGAAAAUAAUACUUAGUUUGCAGCUUAUUAGCUUCACCAAAUGGACUAAUGCACAUAAUACAACAUGUCUGCAACAGCCUAUUGUUUCUUAAUAUUACUAAAGACUAAGUCUUUUUGAAGCCUGUAUUUUAUGUUACUGAUCACAUUAUAGAUGGAACAGGAAACAGUAAACUCACAUGUGUUGCAGACAUGGUGUGUUAGGCGAGUGUAUUUCUAAUAACCUAAUAACUGAGAUGACAUCAUAAUGUACAUAUUAUAUUAUUAUUUGUAUUGAUCACAAUAGACUGUGCUCUCCUAGUCUGUGCUCCCUAAUGGACCUGUUAUGUAUAAUUGUUAGAAACCUGAGUAGUCCCACAGAUGUUUUAUUUAUUUAUGGAGAGACUAUUUGUCUUAAAUGCCUAUUUAAUUUGAAACAAGAGCAAAAAGUUAAAGAACACAUACAGUGGAUACUACUGUAUAUUUAGUCCUAAGGGGAAAGUGCAAAAUACAGAAACAUAUAGCUCAAGAAUAAAGCUACUUCUUAUGUUCAAAUGCUUACCCUUAAGACAGGAGUGGCAUAGUUUUUCCAUCAAUUUGACAAUGUGAUUACUUGUUUAAAACAAGCUUUUCAUAUUGAAGCUUUAUUCUUUAACCAGUUCAAAUAUGUAUGUUUUAUGUGAGCACGGAACAAAAAGGCUUAAAGCUAAAGUACUACUGGGUCUAUAUUUCUGUUUGAACAAAGGUGUUUUCAUGUUUUACUUUUCCAGUGGGCCACAUGUUGUAUAUAUACUGUAUAAGCACCAGAUAAUGUAUGUAGCAAAUACUCUCAACAUUGAGCCACUUUAGAAAGUUGAAUUCUUAGAAUGGGGGCAUUUUUUUUUUCUUUUGUUAACCCACUUUGGCCAGUGCAUUAUGAUUUUUGCCUUAUUACAAAAUUGAUUAUAUAUACCACAGUUUAAAAACUAUUUUGUUCUACAAAUUGCCAACGAAACAGAAGUGUGUGCUGUGUACAAAUUGUACAGGCAGUCUGAAGCUUUUCCUAACGUGCAAUGUGUUGAAAACAUACAUAUCUCUAGAAAUGUGUUAUCCUUAUGAUUGUUCAACUCUUUCUAUGUACUAUACUUUAAAUCAACUUAUAAGUGUAACACAUUCUGUAUCCUGUCUAUUCAGAUGUUUCAGCAGGAGCUAUAGUAGUAAUAAUGUGCUUAUUCUUUGAAUAUUUGUAUGUAUUUUUUACUGGCUUUGUAUAGAAAAACUAAAGCUUGAGUGGCAGGCAUGUGCCACUUUGACGUGUUGAAAUCAGAUCUAUAUAGAGCAGUAUGUGUACUGUAUUUAACCCUCUCCUUGCACACAAAUCCUACCCUCCACAGGCACAUCUGAUGUUUGCAGUGAGCAAUACCCAGUGCAAUGACAAGUAUCUUUAACUCUAUCUCAACAGCUUGAGUAGUAUUUCCAGUUUUGUACAAAAGUGUAUUCUUUCCUGAUUACCUCUUGUUAAUAAAUCUAUUCUUUCUCAGGGGGAGAAGUGCUUACUUAUGUUGGCUUGUGCUUGACUCAG